GGCGGUCGGUCGCAGUUGCUCGAACGCUCCGUCGCGCGCCGGUUCACGAAAUCCCUCCGACCGUCCGUCCACACGCGGUCGCCUGCGUCAACUCUGGUCAACUCUGACUUUUAGCAUUGACACGGUUUUCGCAACUUGUUGAGCUGCCGUAGCUCUCCCACCUUCGGUACCACCGUAAAGCGAGUUACCCAGAGGAAACCGAAAGAAAGCAAAAAAGCCGAAUAGAAGAGGAAGGACGAACAGUCGACGAAAGCUAAGAAAUAAAGCAAAGCAAGAGAGAACCGCGUUCGCGAUCGUAUCGUGUGUGUGUAGUAUUAUAAAGUAUACAGUUCGAAGUCUGCUGCGCGUAUACCCGAGCUCGCUUAUCUGGGCGAACCCAGUAGCACCCAGAUAACAGAGCUGAAGGGUCCGGCCAGGUGGAUCAUACCGCCAAAUCCCGCCCAACGUAUACGUUUCCCUCGGUGCGCCAUCACGCGACGACACAGAUAGUCAUUUUUUAUCGGACAUCGAAGAUGCUGCACCUCCGACUGCUGGCGUUGGUGGCCCUUGCCGUCGCCGCCCCCGCUCCAUCCCACCGACCGACCCUCUGCCCAGAGGCGUGCGAAUGCACAGAGCUGCCUUCUGGUCACUUAGAAGCUGUAUGCAUGAGUCCGGACUUUCUGCAAAGGCUGCAGCCUAAGCAGAUGAGCGCGCUGGUCUCGCUUGAGCUGACUUCCCAGAAUUUAAACAGGAUUCCUAGCAAGUUGAGGAAAUUGAAGGGGUUGAGUCAACUCGAUCUCUCCGGCAAUCACAUCUCCGAUUUAUCCGAAGUCACGCACUUGCCGAAACUCACCAGGCUCUUGCUCAAAUACAAUCACAUCAAGCACCUCCCGGUACAAGAUCUGCCGAUCAGCCUUCAGUAUCUGGACAUCUCCCACAACCACAUCACUGCAAUCCCACUAGGCUUGAAUAAGUUGCCAUCCCUCGCAUUGCUGAACCUUUCUGGAAAUCCGAUAUCUUGCAGUUGUGAAUCACUUGAAUCUCGCCACAUGGUCCUGAGUUUGUUGGUGAAGCCGGUAGAAUGUUACAGCCCCGAGAAGUUGCGAGGCCAACUACUACAAGAUGCUAUGUGCCUGGAAGGACAGGACCAGUACGAGCUACCCGCGGCCGACGAGCCCGCAAACAUAGAAGGGUCUGGAACAGAUCCAGAGGAGACCAUUACCGACAGCAAUGUUUAUGACGACGAAAAAGACCACAAAUAUGUGGGUAUAGAAGAAGAGGGAUUAAUUCCAGAGAGUACGAAGAAAUCGACGGAAAACAGUACAGACAGCGAAGUACUCGUCGAGGAGGGUAGCGGCGACAUCUUCGGCGAGGAUGAGGAUAAGACUGAGGAGAAUGUUGAAGGAUCAGGCGAUGAGGAAGUGACCGAAAUACCAAUUAUUCCCAUUCACCGUAGGCCCGAUCAGCGGUUAAAGUCGUGCAACUUCAACUGCACACCCAUUGACACUGAGCUGGAUUCGAACGACACCAGUGAGGACCCCGACAUGGUGAAGGAGAUUAUAAAAUUGUUCGACGAUAGGAUUACGACCACGGAGGUUCCUGUCAUUGAAGAAGAACAUGAGGUGACCGAUGACGACGACAACGAGAAGGUGCUCCACGCGGAAGUGACUGAGAAAAUUACAGUGGAGUCUACGCCGGCGGACGUUGUCGACGAGAACGAGAAAAUACAGGAGGCGAUGAACGUGGAGGACACGGAAAAGUCGUCAUUCAACACGAACGUGAUCAUAGUUGCAAUUUUAAUCAUCAUAAUGAUAGCUCUGGUCGCGUACUCCAUUAAGAAGAGGCGCGGGGGCCGACUGGAACCCCCAGAGUACACGGAGCAAGAGAUGAAGCCGCUCGCCUCGAAGCCGACCAAUGGCGGAAGUGGGAUUCCUGAAAAAGUGCCGCUCAUGAAUGGGCAGAACGGCAACAUGAAUGGUAAGCAGAACGAAGAACCGGUCGUGACGUUACGGAGGAAAGACGAGGACGAGGAGGAUAGCAAGGCCAGACCAGAAACGCAAAAGGUCACCAUUCAAGCCAAGGAACUGUCCACCCCGAAGACACCCCUGCUCGUAACCAGGUCGCGCCGUGAUGAUGGACAGUAUGUCGCCACACCAAACGUUUCUAGUUAAUUGUUCUCAUCGUGUUAUAAUUUCUAUUACCUCAGUAUUUAUUAACCCAUAAUGAAAACAUUUGUGAUACACUUUAACUUAUAUCGCGGUUGUUCCUAUUAUAUCGUCGACACUCCAAAAAUCGAAAAAAUGAAAAGAUUUUAAAAACGAAACACAAAAAAACAAACAAAAGUAAAUAUCAAGAAAAGAAACACGUCAAAGGUAUCUCUACUUCUUCUACUCUUUACUAAAUUCUCUUACCUGCGCGUAAUCGUUUUAAUGACCGCUUUUAUUAUUUGUUAUCUUCGUUCUUCUUAGUUAUUCCUUUGUUUACAUAUUUUAUUUUUGUGAAACUAUUUAAAGCGUUGCCAAAGUAGUUAGUGUUGUUGGAUUAAUCUAAUUAAAUAGGUGCUAAAUAAAUAAAUCAAUUAAUGGUU